AACACAUGGAGAACACAGCAUCGUCCUGAUUUCUCUGAGAGCGGAGACAUCUGCCAGCACAAGGGGGGCAGACAGCGGAGCCGGUGGGGAAAGCAGCAUCAGAGAAUAAAGGACACCAGGAAUUCUUCCAAGGGAGUCAUACAAUCUAAAGGCGGGCGAUGCCGUUUGGAUGUGUGACUUUAGGUGACAAAAAGGAUUACAAUCACCCCACAGAAGUGAGCGACAGAUAUGACCUGGGCCAGCUUAUCAAGACGGAGGAAUUCUGUGAAGUAUUUCGUGCCAAAGAGAAAUCGUCUGGGAAACUUUAUACAUGCAAACGAUUUCUGAAGAGAGAUGGGCGCAAAGUGAGGAAAGCGGCUAAGAAUGAAAUCAACAUCUUGAAAAUGGUAAAACAUCCAAACAUCCUGCAACUGGUUGAUGUGUUUGAAACACGGAAGGAGUAUUUUAUCUUCUUGGAGCUGGCUUCAGGCCGUGAGGUUUUUGACUGGAUCCUGGAUCAGGGGUAUUAUUCGGAGAAGGAUACAAGUAAUGUCAUCCGCCAAGUACUGGAGGCUGUGGCCUAUCUCCACUCACUCUGCAUCGUCCACAGAAAUCUUAAGCUGGAGAACUUGCUGUAUUUUAACCGUAUGAAGAAUUCCAAAAUAGUAAUCAGCGAUUUCCAUCUGGCCAAAGUGGAGACUAGCCUCAUCAAGGAGCCAUGCGGAACCCCAGAGUAUUUGGCCCCUGAGGUGGUUGCGCGGCAGAGAUAUGGGCGUCCUGUGGAUUGCUGGGCUAUUGGAGUCAUCAUGUAUAUACUUCUCUCUGGGAACCCACCAUUUUAUGAUGAGAUGGAGGAGGAGGACUACGAGAAUCAUGACAAGAACUUGUUUCGAAAGAUUCUGCAUGGAGAUUAUGAGUUUGAUUCACCGUACUGGGAUGAUAUUUCCCCUGCUGCCAAAGACCUGGUGACCCGCCUGAUGGAGGUGGAGCAGGACCAGAGGGUGACAGCUGCAGAAGCCAUCAGCCAUGAAUGGAUUUCUGGGAAUGCUGCGUCUGAUAAGAAUAUAAAAGAUGGAGUCUGUGCUCAGAUUGAGAAGAACUUCGCCAAAGCCAAAUGGAAGAAAGCCGUGAGAGUCACCACUAUGAUGAAGAGGCUGAGAGCUCCAGAGCAACCUGGGACCCCCUCUCCUUCCAAGGACAGCGAGCAAACCCCUGUCCCCGCCACCCCUGCUCCUUCACCCUCACCUGCCAGUACACCUGCUGGGGAGGUUCCUACCCUGCUCAUCCCAUCCCCUGAUGGUUCUGGCUGAGACGAUAUGGGAAGGAUAUAUAUAUAUAUAGAUAUAUAUACACACACAAGAAAAAACUCCCCAAACCACAUAACCCCAUUUACUGCAAAGCAUAAUAUCAUAAACCCUCUGCAAACAGCCAUAUCAUUAACCAUUUCAUCCCAGAGGGGUUUCCAUUGCAUUGCAGAGCUGAGCAAUGCUGGCUUAGUUGUCAGGAAAACUCAUUAAGUGACCCAAUGAGUUUCAACGCUGACUGUUGCGUUACUCCAUUAAACCCUUUACUGCUACCGCGGGGCAUUUGUUUUUUAUCUUGACCCUUUAGUUGCUAGAGAUCAGCCGCACUGUUAGACGGAUUAUUUUCCAUUAUUACCUUUUGUGCUGCUAGAUUAUUCUGCACCGCCAUUAAGCUCCCCCCUUACCUUCCCUAAAUUUAAGCUUGGGUUACAUCCAUUGUAUUUGCCCCUGGGCAGCCAAGUUUCUAUUCUCAGUCUUACCCCCCUUGUUUUCCCCUUCUACCCGACCACCUUUAAUUUAUUUCCUGCCUGGGGUAGUUUUUCCAGGCCCCCCUCUUUCCUUCCUCUUGGUGGGAGGGGUAUUUAAUGUACAGACCUUUACCUUGUGUUUUGUAUGCUUUGAAUAAACUUGCUGCUUCUCCCA